UUUUUCUUACAGAGAUGGAGAAUUAUUGGCAAAGCAGAAACAGCGGCGUGCUCUAAAACAAAAGAUUAGCUUGGUGGACAAACGGGGCCUAUCUGGAGUGGGUGGGGUGUAAGAGUAGUCCCGGCGAUGGGGUCAUGACCCCGGACGUCAGCACCGGGCGCGCUGUUCGGUUUGGCGGUUGCGGAUCUGCAGUCAAAUUGGGGCGUGAUGUGGUGCCGAAUAAACCGAGCCGCUGAGGAAUUUUACUCUCGUCUCCUGCAGGAGUUUGAUGAAGAAAAGAAAGGAAUCCAUAAAGACCCAUUUAUCUAUGAGGCUGAUGUUCAAGUGCAGUUGAUCGGCAAAGGCCAACCAAACCCUUUGAAAAAUAUUCUAGAUGAAAAUGAUAUAAUAUUCAUCAUGGAGAAAUUGCCUUUAGAGAAGGAAGAAACAAGUCAUGUUGAAGAACUACAGUCUGAAGAAACUGCUAUUUCUGAUUUCUCUACUGGGGAGACUGUUGGACCACUUGCUUUACCAGUUGGGAGAGCAAGGCAAUUAAUUGGACUUUACACUAUGGCUCACAAUCCUAAUAUGACCCACUUGAAGAUUGAUCAUCCGGUUACUGCCCUUCCUCCCCUGUGGGUGAGGUGUGACAGUUCAGAUCCUGAAGGGACCUGUUGGCUGGGAGCGGAACUUGUCACCACAAAUGACAGCAUUACAGGAAUUGUCUUAUACACAGUCAGUUGUAAAGCUGAUAAAAAUUAUUCUGUAAAUCUUCAAGACCUAAAAAGUUCACAUAAGAAAAGACAUCACUUGUCUACUGUAACAGCCAAGGGCUUUGCCCAGUAUGAGCUCUUUAAGUCCACGGCUUUGGACGACACACUUGCUGCGUCACAGACGACAAUCACGUUGGAUAUUUCCUGGAGUCCUGUGGAUGAGAUUCUUCAAACCCCUCCACUUUCUUCAACUGCAACCCUGAAUAUUAAAGUGGAAUCGGGAGAGCCCAGAGGUCCUUUGAAUCAUCUCCAGAGAGAAGUGAAAUUUCUCCUUGUUUUGGCUGAUGGCUUGAGGACGGGUGUAAGCGAAUGGCCUGAGCCUCUGGAAGUCAAGUCUGCUGUUGAUCUCGUGCAGGAAUUUCUGAAUGACUUAAAUAAGCUGGAUGGAUUUGGUGAUUCUACAAAAAAAGACACAGAGACAGUGAAGCAUGACAGUGCUGCAGUUGACCGUUCCAUCGAGUGUCUUUUCACAGUGCGGGGUGAUCUUGAUUUCGCUGAGCAGCUCUGGUUCAAAAUGAGCAGUAGUGUGAUUUCAUAUCAAGACUUGGUGAAAUGUUUCACACUGAUCAUCCAGAGUCUACAACGUGGUGAUAUACAGCCAUGGCUCCAUAGUGGGAGUAACAGCUUACUAAGUAAGCUUAUUCACCAGUCUUAUCAUGGGACCAUGGACACAGUUUCUCUCAGCGGCACUCUUCCAGUUAAGAUGCUUUUGGAAAUUGGUCUGGACAAACUAAAGAAAGAUUAUAUCAGUUUUUUCAUAGGUCAGGAACUUGCAUCUUUGAAUCAUUUGGAAUAUUUCAUAACUCCAUCAAUAGAUAUACAAGAACAGGUGUAUCGUGUUCAAAAACUCCACCAUAUUCUAGAAAUAUUAGUCAGUUGCAUGCUUUUCAUUAAACCCCAACACGAGCUCCUCUUUGCUUUAACACAAUCCUGCAUAAAGUAUUACAAACAAAAUCCUCUUGAUGAGCAACACGUUUUUCAGCUGCCAGUCAGACCAACUGCUGUAAAAAGCUUAUAUCAAAGUGAGAAGCCACAGAAAUGGAAAGUGGAAAUCAGUGGUGGUCAGAAGAAGGUGAAAACACUUUGGCAGCUGAGUGACAGCGCACCUGUAGACCAUUUGAGUUUCCACAAACCUGAUGUUUCUGAAUUAACAUUAAACGGUAGCCUGGAAGAAAGGAUGUUCUAUACUAACAUGGUUACCUGCAGCCAGGUGCAUUUCAAGUGAAGUGUGCUGAUGGAGCCCUCUGUAAGCACAAGCCAAAAAAAAAGAAAAAGAAAACAUUAUCACAGAGCCCGAAACCAGAAAUGUAUAUAAACCUUCAGGGCAGAAAAAGGAGGAGGAUCCUGAAGAUUCUUUACAAAAGUUGGUCCUGUCAAAUGGGUAACCCUCUCAGCUCUGGGUCUGCAGGAGGAGCAUCAGGAGAACUGCCGAGAUGAGUAUGCAAAGCGUGCAGACUGUCGGUACCACGAUCUCUGUCACCAUCUGCAUGUGACUUAGCAGAGGCUCUGAAACCGGAGCAAGAACACCAGAAAUGAGAGUGUCGUCAUUUUAGCAAAUAUAGCUUCAUCCAGAAAGAUAAUCCCUGCAUCGGGGAAAACUUGGAAAAUGGCAUCAUCAAGCUUUGUAAUUAAUCUCACUUGCUAUAAAAGAGAAUGUGGUUCUCUUAACAUUAUAAAAUGUUAUUUAAAAAAUUACGUGAGGGCUUUGUAAAAUCUUUCAGAAAUAUGGAAUAAAGAAUGCCUACUUUUGGUUCUUCUGUAGGUACUGGAAUAAAGUCUAAAUGUAUGGUA